AUGGCACCAAGGCUGAAACGCUCAAUGGCCAAUUAUGGCAAGGAAGCAGGCGCAGGCGAGCAGUCCGGUGAUCGCAAAAAAGAGAAAAGAUCUUUCCGAUGCCAGUUUUGCGCCAAGGAAUUUUUCCGGAACGAGCAUUUACAACGACAUGAACGACUACAUACCAAAGAAAAGCCAUUCCAAUGCAAAAUUUGUUCUGCGGGCUUCGCAAGGCGGUACAGUGUGCUGUUCAUCUGCCAUGGCACGGAUUUACUGAUAGAUAAUAGAGAUCUACUUGGCCGUCAUGUUGCGCUGACUCAUCCGGACCUGUCAACCGGUGGCUGUCCUCCUGCGGCCGAUUCUGGUUCACUUCAGGCAUCUUUUGAUGAAACGGCUAAUUGCAGCGGCCCAAGCAUGGUGGCAUUGCAAACUUGUGCACCAAGCAUUGAGGCAACACAGGGCCAAUCAAACCCUCCGUUGGAAACCACCACUGAUGUUGGCUUGGAUCCCUUUUUGUUCAAUCAAAGCUCAGUUCACACUGAUGUCGACAUGGGUACUUCAAUUUCUACCGACCCCCCUUUCGAAUCAUACCGCAUGCCAUGGACCCACCAAAAUCGCGACUUUGGGGACUUCGAUGACUUUAUUGACAGCAUGGAUUUACCAUACUCCACUAGUUUGCCAGCAUUGAUGGUUGACCAACCACUCAUAACGUUUCCUUUAGCUCCUCCAUUUGGAGCUCCUGGGCCUCCACCCUCUCCAGAUCAUUUGCAACCUCAAAACACUCCCUCACGACCAAAGUCGCCAAUGCCUUCUUUGUUUGACCAGUUUACUUCUACAUUUCCCACUUUUAACCCAGCCUCGCAUAACAAAGCUCGAAAGGACCCGUGGAACAUUACUCAAGCAGACUGGAAUCAUGUACUGGCUAACAUCCGACCCUUCAUAUCAUUUCUCACCUCAGACUUCAGGCUCCCAUCCCGUCAUACAUUGUCCCGGUAUGUUGCAGCAUAUAUGACUGGGUUUCACCGCCAUCUACCCUUUUUGCAUAUACCGACAUUCUCACCAACCGACAAUCCGGUUGAGUUGACACUUGCCGUGGCAGCUAUUGGAGCCCAAUACUCUUUUGAUGGGGAACAUGCUGUGAAGUUAUUCAAAGUUUCCAAUGCUAUAAUACUAGAACGUCUCCGCCGUCGCAAAGCUGGGCUUCAAGAAGAGCCAUUUUCGAGGGAGACUGGAGCUGAGAAUCAGCAUGAGGCGCCUUCAAGAUUAUACCCCCGGCUUCGAACAGGGUUACGAGAUUCGGUUACUGGUGACAACGACGAUCGCCUAAAAGAUGCACUACCUCUCGCGCAAACUUUGCUUUUGCUCAUGGCAAUGUCAACGUGGGGAGAUCCGGCAGUCUUUUGCAACGAGCCUGCUAGCCUUCAAAGUGUUUUGGCUUGCUUUGUUCGAGAAGAGAAGCUCCUUCAAACUCGCAACUUGCAUAUUGCAGCGUGGCCGGAAUGGAUACAUGCCGAGGGAUUGAAAAGGACCGCCGCAAUUAUAUUUUGCUUCUUCAAUUUCCAUACAAUCAUUUACAAUACUCCGCCUCCAAUACUCAACUCUGAACUCAAUAUCAGUCUUCCCUCACGUGAAGCAGACUGGGAAGCCCAGACUGAAUCUGCCUGGCGGGAAGCUCGAAAAGGGUCCGUGGCUGAGCCGCAGUUUCGAGCUUGCUUUUUGCAGCUUUUCUCAAAUCACUGCGCUAACAGAUUUGAACAAUAUUCUUCGCUAGGCGGUUACGUUCUGAUUCUGGCAUUGAUCCAGCAGAUUUAUCUGCUACGAGAAUUGAACAAGAUGAAGCCCAAAGCAAAUGGUGAUAUGUCAUCAUUAGACGAGAUGGACGUGAACAAUAUGGAAUUGGCGCUCAGAAACUGGCAAGUUCAAUGGGAAAACAACCCUGAAUCCUCUUUGCAACCAAGCAAUUCUUCGGGCCCAGUGUCUUUCAACUCAACUGCGCUUCUCCGCAUGGCUUAUAUACGAUUACAUGUCGACGUGGGGCCAUGGCGUGCGCUCGGUGAUCAGGAUCCACAAAUCCUCGCGCAAACAAUACACCAGAGCCCACGCUUGAGGAGGAGCCCAAAGCUCACAAGCACUGUUUUAUACUCUGCACACGCACUGAGCAUCCCAGUGAAACUUGGAGUCAACACUGUCGCACACAAUCAAGCUUUCACUUGGUCACUCCAACACUCUCUUUGUGCUCUCGAGUGUGCGUUUGUCAUCAGCAAGUGGCUGGAUACCUUGGGAUCAGAUUCCUCUAGCACUUCACUUGACGAAGAUGAGCUUCGGUUGCUUGCUUAUAUAACCGACAUGGUAGGAGAAGCGGAUAGUUUGUCCGAGCAAUGGCAGGUUGAAGGGCUCGAGCGAUCUCCGAUUGAAUUGUGUUCUCAUGUUAUUCGAAUUUGGUCCCGGAUACUCAGUGGAGAAACUAUAUGGUCUGUGGUCCAUAUGGUCGGGCAGGCGUUGAAAGCUUACUGCCACAUACUGGAUGAACAGCUGAAUAUGGCUUAG